AACCACCUUACGAAACAUUGAUUUUACUCGCAUUCACUCUCAACACUGCAUAUUGUCACGCGACCUACCCCUUGGAGAACCACAUGGGCUUGCCAUUGCCGCUGCUGGAUCUUCCUUGAGUGCAGUAACAGCAAGCACCUGCUUGGUGUGCAGAGCAUCAAUUGAACCGCCAGCAUGUUGCGCUGGUACCAGGCCCGCCUGGCAUCGCGCCCCAUCCUCACCCAAGCCGUCAGCACUGCCAUCCUCUUCGCAACCGGCGAUGUCCUCGCGCAACAGGCCGUGGAAAAGAAGGGCAUAUCCGAGCAUACGCUCGAGCGAACGGGCCGUAUGGCACUCUACGGCGGCUGCGUCUUCGGCCCCGGCGCCACGCUGUGGUAUCGCUUCCUGCAGCGCCAAAUCAAGUUCCCCGGCAAACCAAACACCGAGAUUGUCGCGCGUGUCUUGACGGAUCAGACAGUCUUUGCUAGUACCAACCUGUUCCUCUUCCUCAGCAGCAUGGCCCUUAUGGAGGGCAGUGACCCGAAGGCGAAGCUGGAAAAGAGCUAUUUCGAGGCGCUGAAGAAGAACUGGAUGGUCUGGCCGGGCGUGCAGUUUAUGAACUUCAAAUACGUUCCCUUGAACUACCAAGUUCUGGUGGUCAACGGCGUUUCCAUUGGCUGGAAUUGUUACCUGAGUUAUCUCAACAGCGGCAGUGGCAGUGAUGAGAACCCCACCUACCCGCCAGAUUCGUGAGGAGCUGCAGAGUAUUCCUAGGCAUCCUCAUCGACCACGUAGUGCAUGGCGAGCACGGCGGUAUUGCAGUGGCAUCGGAGUCCAAGAGCACCUGGCGAGGGCGUACGGUAGGGUAGUCAUCGGAAAUUCGCGAGAUGCAUCCCUUGCACCUAAGCACAGCACGUCAUGACCUUCAAUUGCCCUUCACCACCUUCAAUUGCCCUUCACCCUCUCAUCCUCCUCCACCGUCCUCGUCUUGAGCUGUAGAGCGUGAAUCCCACCUUCCAUGGCCAUUUCGUCCUUGAGCAGCGCGUAUACCAUCCGAUGUCGCGCCGGCUGCAUUUUGGACUUGAAUGCGUCGGAAAUGAUAUUCACUCUGGGGCCAAACUGUCAGCGAUUUGCCAGAAAGGAAGACGGAUGCUAAAAUACCGAAAAUGCGUCUCUUUGGAAAC